CAAUACUCGUUCCAUUGAUUUGGUUACAUUCAAAUCCCCAAAGAAGCAUCGUCUCGAAGUUAAAAAUCAAAUUGACAUUUAAAUUCAAACCUCGGUUACCAAAAGUUACAAAUACGAUAUAGUGAAAAAGGAGAAAAAAUAAAGGAAAAAGCAAAGCAAGGCAGCCCUAGAGAUCGGCCCUUCACGCUCUCUCCCCUUGAUCUCAGCUUUUCUCACCUCCACGUCGCCACCACCUUCUCUGCUGCCCUAUUGCUCAGCCGCCUCUGCGUGCUUCACCCUCGUUAAGCCGGCCGUCGCCAGCAGCAGAGACAACUUCACCCACCACCGGAUCUGUGACGACGACACAUGAUUAGACAGCGAACGCCUUCCUCUUCAUCGCUUUUAACGGCGCUUGCGAACCAAAAUCCUUACAAAUAGUUUCAAAUUAGAUGGUCUCACCCGUUAGGGUUUAACACAAUAUAUGUGGAGGGUCCUUGUUGCUUACUGACUGCCUUAGCAACCAAACGUAGGAGAGUCAGUUGUCUGAUUUGUGGCUGAAUUAAGGGGUGGGAGAUGUCGUUCGAUCUGCUCCUGAAGCAAUCGUGCAGUGGAUGUGGAUCCACGACGGAGUUGUAUGGGAGCAAUUGCAAGCAUAUGACAUUGUGUUUGACUUGUGGAAAAACUAUGGCGGAGAACAAGGGCAAAUGUUAUGAUUGUGGGGCUACUGUAACUCGCUUAAUAAGAGAAUACAAUGUUCGAGCAAGUGCAAGUAACGACAAGAACUACUUCAUCGGUAGGUUCAUGAGUGGGCUUCCGAACUUUUCGAAGAAGAGAAAUGCUGAGAAUAAAUGGUCUCUUUACAAGGAAGGUCUACAAGGACGCCAACUUUCGGAUGCCCUUCGGGAAAAGUACAAGAAUAGACCUUGGCUGUUGGAAGAUGAAACAGGCCAAUUUCAAUUCCAAGGUCAUCUUGAGGGUUCACAGUCAGCAACAUACUACUUGCUUGUAUUGCAGGGAAAGGAAUUUACUGCCAUUCCUGCAGGUUCUUGGUACAACUUCAAUAAAGUGGCACAGUAUAAGCAACUUACAUUGGAGGAGGCAGAAGAAAAAAUGAAGAAUCGAAAGAAAACGGCAGAUGGAUAUGAAAGAUGGAUGAUGAAAGCUGCAAGUAAUGGUCCUGCUGCAUUUGGUGAAGUUGAGAAGUUUGAUGACAAAGAAACUGUUGGUACAAGUGGUAGGGGACGGAGAAAAACUACGGGUGAUGAGAAUGAAGGCAACGUCUCGGAUAGGGGAGAAGAAGACGAAGAAGAAGAGGCAGCAAGGAAGAACAGAUUGGGACUCAGUAAAAAGGGCGGUGGUGAUGAUGAUGAUGAGGAAGGUCCUAGGGGUGGUGACCAUGAUUUGGAUGAUGAUGAUAUUGAGAAAGGGGAUGAUUGGGAGCAUGAAGAGAUUUUUACUGAUGAUGAUGAAACUACUGCUCCAGAUCGUGAAGAAAGGGAGGAUUUAGCCCCUGAAGUUCCUGCACCUCCAGAAAUCAAGCAGGAUGAAGAAGAUGAGGAUGAAGAAAAUGAAGGGGAAGGGGGGCUGAGCAAAUCUGGGAAAGAGUUGAAGAAAUUGCUCAGACGUACUGGGGGUCUUAAUGAUUCAGAUGGAGAGGAUGAUGACGAUGAUGACGAUGUGGAUGAGGAUACUGGUGGCACUCCCGUCUUACCUUCGAAGCAGAAGGAUACAGUUAAAGAAGAAGCUGCAGCCAACAGUCCCUCAAAACCAACACCUUCUGGAUCUGCCAAGGGAACCCCUUCUACUGCAAAAACGGCAAAGGGGAAAAGGAAAAAUGGUGAGGAUGUGAAACCAUCCAGUGCACCUCCAAAGAAAAUGAAAACAGAGACGGAAUCAAAGGCUACAGAUGAAGGUGUGCCAACUUCUAAAAGUACGGCCUCAAAAGGUGCACCAGCAUCAGUCAAAACUGAACCAUCAUCGCAUUCUGGACCUGUUACUGAGGAAGAAAUUAGGGCUGUCUUGCGGCAAAGAACACCUGUAACUACACAGGAUCUUGUUGCAAAAUUCAAAGCAAGAUUACGAACUCCGGAGGACAAGAAUGCUUUUGCAGAAAUACUUAGGAGAAUUUCAAGGAUUCAAAAGACGAACGGAGGUCCGAGUUACGUUGUGUUGAGAAAACCUGAAGACUAGAAGAAUCAAGUUAAUGCUUCAUCUUUGUGAUGUAGCUGGUUCAUGAUUCCUUACUGGUUGGUGUGUUAUGGUCGUUGAGUACAAUGUUUACGUGUCGAUACUCUAUGCUGCAAAAGCUUGAGAGGGCCUCCUCUUUCACAUGUGAUGUGAUGAACUUGAUAUGGUACACUUUUAUCUAGGCAAAUGCAAAGGAUAAAUUUAUGGAUUUGAUAGAGGCAUUCACUAUUGGAAUUUAAGUUUAAGAAGAUAUAGGUAUACGUUGAGAAAGAAACGAAAAAUUCUUCAGACAUUUUGUCAUAUUGGUUGUCAUUUUAACUUUGGCAUUUUCUCAGAGACGUUUCUAAAAUAAUGCUCGGAGUAAAAUAAUAUUAAAAUAAAUAGGGUGUCCUUGGUUUUGUUGAA